AGCUGGAGAGGAAGUUGUUCCCCUCGGGGCUCCGAACGGCUCCUGGCCCGAGGCCAGGACCCAGAGGCGGCCCACAGGUGAGGCCUGAACUCUGGGCGUCAGGCCGAGCGCAUUGCCUUGGAGCUCAAACUCCCAGAGAGAAAGUCUGGAACAUCGCGCUCCCUGGGAGUGCGGCGAGCGGGUGCGGUAAGCGCGCUGCGGAGGGCCUCCCGGAAUCAGGCCUCCACGCUGGACUUGGAUCCUCUCGGCCUCGUGGAAUUCGGACUUUCAGCACCCACCCCACCCCGCCGCCGCCUCAUGUGGCUCUUGGAGAAAGCUGGCUACAGGGUAGGGGCCGCGGAGCCCAGGGCCGGGUGGGCGCCCUCCAGUUUGUUUCCUAAGCGCCGCACCCCAUGCCCGCUGGCUCGCCCCUGCCCCAACGUCCUCACCCCGGAUCGCAUCCCGCAGUUCUGCAUCCCGCCUCGGCUCCGGGACCCAGGCGGCGCGCAGCCCCACAGCGGCGGGCGCGGCCUCCCCGCGACCUGUUCGCUGCCACACCUGGCGGGCCGCGAAGGCUGGGCCUUCCUGCCCGAGAGCCCGCACACGCGCCGGCGCGAGUCCCUGUUCCACCGGCCACCGCCCACCCCCGCCGGCGGGCUGCCCCCCGCGCCGUCCCGGCUGCACGUCUCCGCCCCGGACCUGCGCCUCUGCCGGGCCCCCGACAGCGACACGGCCUCGUCUCCGGAUUCGUCGCCCUUCGGCUCGCCGCGGCCAGGCCCCGACCGGCCCCGGCCGCGCUCGCUGUCCCGGGUGCAGGCGGGCUUGGCCGACACCAGCCCGUACGCCUCGCGCCGCGCGGGACCGCCCACGCCGCCCCUCUUCCACCUCGACUUCUUGUGCUGCCAACUGCGGCCGACCCAGGAGAGCGUGCUGCACCUCGAGCCCCGGGGAGGGCAGCUGCGGCUCUCCGCCGAGUACCCGGCCGGGCCCGGGCGGCUGCGGCUGCGCCUGGUGAGCGCCGAGGGCCUGCCGCGGUCUCGGGCCGGCCCUGGGAGCGGCGGCGGCGGCUGCUGCGUGGUGCUGAGGCUGCGGCCGCGCGUCCGGCCGCGGGGCCAGCGGAGCCGAGUGGUCAAAUGCAGCACCAACCCCAUCUUCAACGAGGACUUUUUCUUCGAUGGGCUCGGCCCGCCGGACCUGGCCGCCCACAGUCUGAGGGCCAAGGUGCUGGACAGGGGCGCAGGAUUCCGCAGGGACGUGCUGCUGGGGGAGUGUGAGACGCCCCUGAUUGCCCUGCUGCCGCCCUUGGGUGGUGGGCUAGGUCCCGGGGCCUCCCUGGUGCCUGCCCAUCUCAGCCUGUAGCCUGAAAGACUCUCUUCCUCAGGAGGGCUCCACCGGGUCUGCAGUCUUCAUUCUUUCCAUCUGCCCAGCAUGUAUUUAUUUUUGCAAA